GUGUCGAAGCGUCGCGGCUCUUCCUCCCGUUCGACAAGCGCCAAGGGUAGGGUUUCACCUCGUCGCCUCCAAUCCCCGCCGCCGCCGCCGCCGCCGCCUUCCACCUCCCGCCUCCGCUCCGAUUCCGCCUCCCUUCCCGCCGCACACCCGCCUCGCCCGCGUCAUCUGCCGCCCACCGUUGCCGCCAGCCACGUCUGCCGAGCUCCUUCGCCAGCAGGUCGACACCACCGGAUCCGUCCACCCCGUGUCGCCGCCGAACUGCGGUCCCCCGUCUCGCCGCCGUCCAGCCCGUCCACGGCCUCGAGCUCGCCUCCGCUCAGUUUAGCUGGACUUACGAGCUCGGGAAAAUUAUGUUUAAGAAUACAUUCCAGUCUGGGUUUCUAUCGAUUCUCUACAGCCUUGGGACCAAGCCGUUGCAGAUAUGGGACAAGGAAGUUGUUGAUGGGCACAUUAAAAGACCCCAGGAUGAAGAUAUUAAGUCUAACGUUCUUGAAAUUGUUGGAACAAAUGUGCAAUCAACGUAUAUCACUUGCCCAGCUGACCCUGCUGCCACUCUUGGAAUUAAGCUUCCAUUUCUUGCCCUCGUUGUGAAGAAUCUUAAAAAAUACUUCACAUUUGAGGUCCAAGUUUUGGAUGACAAGAAUGUUCGCCGACGAUUCCGAGCAUCAAAUUUUCAAUCUGUCACAAGGGUAAAGCCAUACAUAUGCACGAUGCCUUUGAAGCUUGACGAUGGCUGGAACAACAUCCAGUUGAAUCUCUUGGACCUGACAAAAAGAGCCUAUGGCACAAACUACGUCGAGACGCUCCGCGUGCAAGUCCAUGCAAACUGCCGGCUCCGUAGGGUCUACUUCUCCGACCGCCUCUACUCGGAAGAGGAGCUGCCGGCCGAGUUCAAGCUCUACCUUCCAAUUCAGAAAUCAUAGGGCUCAGACCAAGAUGGAUGGUUGUGAGUCGUGACUUCCCUUGGAGCCCAGGCGACAUCGACGCAUUUCACCUCAGCGUCCAUCAGCGUGUAACUAUGCGUAAAGUAUCAGAAUGUUUAAUGGAUGUAUCUGGAUGUACGCUAAUUGUUGUAUGGAAGACCUGUGUAAAACUGUUGCUAAUUGAACCUCCACUGCUGCUGUA